AUGUUUGUAGUGAUCAAACUUAAAAAUAUGAUUGGUUCUACUGUCCGAAGCAAUUGCUUUCCAAUGCCACUCUUAUCUAAACGCCCUCUUCACACUUUUUCUUCAUUGCACCUGUGGUACCUACGCGUUGACGAAUAUAAAGGAAAGAAGACGCCAAAGAUGGACCUGUAUCGGAAGAGGAUGCCGGACUACAGCGAGCUAGCCUACAGGGAAGCCGUCGCCAAGCUGAAAUACCUGCUGGCUGAAUCCUAUACACCCGUCGGAGCCCAGCGCAAGCCAAUUGCAAUGGGAGGUACGGUGGCCGAAAAAGAUUGGUCAGAGAGCCCUGUGUACCCUCUGGAGUCGUCGAGAUUCAGGAGCCCUGCGGAAGAAGUGCCUGCGCCACCUUACCUCAGAAGACAAGAAGAGUAUAUCGAGCACUUGGAAAAAGAAGGACAGUUGUACAGGGAGGAGCUGUCGAGGGUGUUGGACAAGGUGAAAGAGGUAGUUGGAAGUCAACAGAGGGAUGACACUGAAGAAGAAGAUUCGGACAAGGAGGUCAAGGGAAGAAGCAGACGAGGUCCAAGCAUUGUCUACUCUUCCAGGAUAAGUGAGCUGGAAGCGCAGCUGACUCAAUGUAAGCUGGAGUUACGGAAGGCGCAUGAUGAGGCUUCUUAUCUGAAAGCACAUUCCAAGCCUAUCCAGCCCCCUGUCAGCCAACAGCACCUACAACAACUAGAAUCGUUACAAAGGGAGAGGGAUGAAUUGAAUGAAAGAGUUUCUAGCCUUCAGAAUAUUGUUAGCCAGUUGAGGGACAAAGAAGCUUCGGCCUCUGAGAAAGCAAAGAGGAGUUUAGAUGUUGUUGAUCAAGCACAAUUUGACAAAAAUCAGUUGGAGAUGGAAGUACGGCGAUUAAGGUCUGAGCUCGAUCGCAUGAGCGAGAAACAAAGAGAAGCUUUACAAGAUUCUGCACGUCGGGUGAGCGAGGCAGAGAGACGAUAUGCUAUGCAGAUGGAAAGGUUGAACAGUGAUCUCGCUGCCCAAUGGGAUGCUGCUAACCGCCUUAAUCUAGAGUUAGAUAGAGCCCGUCGUACUGAGACUGAACUAAGGAGAGAGCUGGCACAGAAAGCUGCCAACAUGGAAGAAUUAAAGAAAGAGUUAACAACUAAAACUGGUACAUUACAGACCGAGGCCCUUACUACAGGGGCGGAACGAGAAAGCCUAGAGGCAGAGUUGUCUGCCUCUCGACUGGCAACAGAACGAGCCGAGAGGCAGGGCAGACAAGAAACAGCUAGGCUACAGGCUGAAGUGCAAGCUCUGCGAGCAAGGUUGGACAGAGCAGACCAAGACCUCCUUUACAGUCGUAAGGAGAAUAUCAGGCUUGCUGAUGUCAUUGCUGGUCUCGAGAAAGAGUUGAGCUUGGCUAAACUGACGAAGGACUCUACCACUUCGAAGGAUUCGAAGAGGGCUGAUGAACUGACGUCAAUGAUAAAGGAAAUGGACGCUAAACAUGAUGACAGACUGGAAAAUUACAAAAACGAAAAUGGCACCGAUGUAGAAAGAAAUAUUAGGACAAAUGAAAUUGCUGGCCCACCUAGAGGGAUCACAGAACAAAGCUUUGAUAAAACUGGUACUGAAAAAGUCGAAAAUUUAAUGGGAGAAAAGCAACUACCCAAUGUGCAUGAAGCAAAUAAAUUUGAGAAUCGAAUAUACGAAGGUUAUGAUAAAAAUAAUGAAAAUAAUCCAUCAUAUCCUCAAGAAGCUAAUAAAGAUAAAGAUGUUAAGAAAGAGCAACCUAAUCAUGAAAAUUUAGCUAAGGAAUAUAGUAAUGAGCAAGACUACAAUAAAGGAGAAAUUGAAGAAUAUAAGCAAAAUACCUACGAUCCAACUGCUACAGAAGGGUAUAUUCAAGAACAGGAAUACUCUCAACAAAAUUCUGAAAACUAUAACCAAGGUCAAGAAUAUAGUCAAAGUGGCGAUGUAGGAUACAAUCAAGACCAAGGAUAUGACCCAAAUGCUCAAGGGCAAGAAUAUGGUCAAGGGCAAGAAUAUGACGAAAGGCAAGCAGACAAUUACAAUCAAGAGCAAAAGUACGAUCAACCAGAGAUGGAAGGAUAUCACCAGGAAACGGGACAGGUAUAUGGUCAAGGAGUAGAAAGUUAUGAACAUGGCCAGGACUAUAGUCAGCCCGAUGGUGAUAUAGCGAUGUAUCAGGGAGGCAAUGAAGGAUAUGAGCAAGGACAACCCUAUGACCAACAAGGUGAAGUGGCUUACGACCAAAAUCAAUUAUAUCAGCAACAAGAAGCAAAUUAUUCUCAAGAACAAGGAUAUGAUGCCACGAAUAAUGAGUAUAGCCACGAUCAAGUAUACGAUCAAACCGGAGCAGAACAGUACGAACAUAAUCAAGGUUAUGACCAGUUGCAAGGUGAAGGGUACAACCAAGGCCAGGAAUACGCAAGCCAAAAUGAAACAUAUCCUACUGAAGUCAACUACCAGCCAAACCCAACGGACCAGGCGUAUGUAGAAGGAGAAAACUAUGGAUCGGAAGGGUACAUUUAUGAAGAAAAAAAAAUAGAAACCUAACUGCCAGAUUGUCAAUUCAACAAUAGCUUCUGUAAGUUUAUACUAGAAAUGAUAUUAAUGGUAUGGAGCUAAGUAGUAAUAAAUAUUAUAUAGACAACAAUUAAAAGGAAUUUUGUUCACCCCGAAAUACUCAAAUGACUGGCUGUGGGUUUCAGUUCAG